CGUCUUGCCAGUCGGUUUUCACGCUGCUUCGAGAGUAGUCUCGCGAAUGGCAGUUUUUCCGUGCGCGAUUCGCUUGACUUUUUGACCCGAACGAUCCUUCUCUUCUGCUCGAGAAGCGAUCCUUCGUCAGUUACGAUACCGCACAACCAUCGAGAUGCAGUUUCACGUAGCUGGAAGUGUGAUUUUCUUGGUGGUGUGGUUUACCCUUCAGGGGAACUCCCAGUCCGACGAACCCUUGCCAGCAAUUCUGGGGGGCAUAGGGAACGUGGCGUCCAGUGCUACCAAUUUUCUGACAGGAAUGAUGCAACGACAGAAAGAACUGUUACACCGUGUGACGGAUACUGCCUCGGACCUCAUCACCAGCGCCGUAGAGAAGCCGAGGAACCUAUUGAUCAACGCCACCAGGGUGACCACCGGGAUUAUCGACAGCGCGGCGUCCAAGGGCCUCGAGUUCAAGCUGAGGAGGUUCCUCGAGAAGUUUCGUAACAGGAUGCCGUACGGGAUACCGGAACUAGGACUUCCGCCAUUGGAACCGUUCCAGCUCGACGAGGUCGACGUAAACAUUGACAACCCGGAAAUAGGGAACCUGUCCUUGACGAUCGAGAACCUGGUCAUCCACAAUCUCUCAACCUUCGUGAUCAACAAGGCGAAACUGUCGCUCAUCGGACCAACGAUCAUCGCCAACAUAUCCAUUCCCCAUAUCUACGCUGAGGGGAUGUACAACGUGUCCGGAAACAUCGGUGACAUGCUCCAACUGAACGGCACUGGACCGUUCCAAACGGACAUCUACGAUUUUCAGAUUUACGUGAACACUGUGCUGGGGUAUUCCAGAGGAAUGUACCUGAAGAGCUUCUACCUAGACUUCACGUUGAGGUCCAUAGAGAUGAGGUUGGAGGACUUCAUGGAGGAUGAGGAACUCAGUCGGAUAAUGAGCAAGGUCUUUCAGGAGCUCACUCCAAAGGCACUGGACAUUAUUAAACCAGACAUACUUCCUGGUAUACAGAGUUACGUAGCCGGCAGAGUUAACGAGACCAUUCAUCACCUCACUAUGAGGGACAUAUUUAGCAUCCUCGUGGGACAAAGUGAAAUCCGUGAUUUCGCGCACUUAUUAGUGCCUUAAAGGUUUCUUUUAAUUCGUCAUUCUUAAAUAAAAUUAAGCUGUAGUAAUGCUUCACGAUUAAUAUAAACUCUUAAAUUGAAAAAGAAGAGGCGAGUAUAAAAGACGAACAAGGAUGCGAUCCAGAUUUUAUUAGGCACGACCAGACGUAAUGGAGACUUAAUUAAAUAUAACCAGACAUGACUCAGACUUAAUUAGGCAUACUCAGAUAUUAUCUCGACUUAACCAGACAUAACCAGAUACGAAUCAGACUGAAUUAGACAUAAUCAGGCACGAUUAAAUUAUCAACGAGUCGUGUCUUUAAUUGAAAUUUUCAACAAAGUGGAAAUUUCAACACGCUUGUGUUUAUAUUUAUAUUCAACAGUGACUAAACGUCAUUCGGCAUGUCACGCAGAGACUGACCAAUUAAAAACGUCGCGAUAUCGGAAUGUAAUUAACUAAUUGUGAUUUCUGUAUGAAAAAUUGUUUGGUGCACGAUGAUUUUCAAAUUGAAAAUCCAUGAAGGAUGAGGCUAAUUUCAGGGAUUAGAGAUAGACAGUAAAUAUUGCUUGUAAGAAAUGAAAAUGAAAGUAGCUAACUGUAGCAAAAAGAGAAAUGAUUUAUUAUCGUAAAUGAAAUUGUCUUUCGUCGUAUUUCACUGUGUUAGUAGUUUUCAAGAUUAUAAGUUUAUAAGUUUGACGAGUUCACAGGUUUAAAGAUUUACGAAUUUAAAAAAUCGCCAAGUUUACGAAUUAAAAAUUUGACAAGUAUACGAGUCUACAAAGUUUAUAAUGAUAAAGAAUGCUUGUUUCUGCUACAGUCAGCUGUUUCAUUAGAGAUUAGACGUCGAAUUUUUCUCGUUUACUCGAAAAAUUCAACCACGACCUAACAUUAACUAUAUAAUUUCAAAUAAUUAGUAUUAUAGCCGAAAGAAUGUAUAUUUUUGUACGAAAUCGCAACAAUGACUGCUUGCCAGUACGGUACUAUUAUGAAAAUGUAAAUUCCACUGAAUUUUAAUAAUUUUCAUAAAUGUUUGUUUAUAGGAAGACGUACAAAAUUUUAUAUUUCAUUGACGAAUGAACAAUGUAACGUACAAAUAAUAACAAUAGUAGGUUUGACAUCUAUGUAAGGGAAAUUAAUGACGUAUGAACAAAGUAAACAAAUGUAAACAAAUUACUGUAUACUUCAAGGUUAACUAUCUCUUCAGAUUUCUAUUAACGGGACACAUUUCGUUGAUCUACGCUUUAUACAAAAGCAACGUUAAUUCCCUCUGUUUAAUUUAAUUUUAUUAUUGUUAAUCUGAAAGUUAUGACAAUGUUGUUAAGUGAAUGUAGUACGUAGGAGAUGUGUGAUAGUUGGUAGUUGCGAAAUAAACAAGUUUGUGCCGUAAGCAAAGAAGAGUUCAAGUUUCUGCCCGAACUUCUAAACUUUGAUUAGAGAACUAUAAAAAUCUGAACUAUGAUGCCGUACCUGCUUUAUGCUUUUCAUACCUGUAGAAGUAAAAGGAAUAAACAAAUAUAUAAAAACAGACAAAAUUGGGAUAGUAAACAAGUGUAUAUAAACAAAUAAACAAGUAUAGAUAAACAAGGAAUAAACACGUGUAUAUAUAUAUAAAGAAACAACGCUGUUCGCUUAAGAAUAAAAGAGGGUGCUAUAUCGAUCGAUGCAAUUACCAGUUCUGUCAUUAGAACUACUACCGCUAGAAUUACUAAUCAACAGCUUAAUUAUACAUGGUAAUCGCUGUCGUUGAGCAUAAAUCAAAUUACAUUGUGUUCGAACUGUUGUAUGGUUGAGGUUAAGGUGAUUAUUAGCACGCGUUUGCACGAUUGUAAAGCGGCACUUAAUUCAAGGCCUAAAACUUUCUCUCUCUCUCUCUCUCUCUCUCUCUCUCUCUCUCUCUCUCUCUCGAAUGAAUUAAUCAUGGGGCGCGACAACAUAUUCUGCAUGGCUAUUGCUGCGAGGCCAUCGAAUGCGACGGAUAAUAACAACACUACAAAGGAAAGGAAUUCGUUCAAUUUCCAGACCUCUUGUAAGGCUCGUAUAAUUACAGGAUAUAUAACGGAUAAUAACAACACUACAAAGGAAAGGAAUUCGUUCAAUUUCCAGACCUCUUGUAAGGCUCGUAUAAUUACAGGAUAUAUAAAAACUGAAACAAUAAUACAGAAAAUAUAAAGAAAAUGUAAGAAAUAAUAGAGAAUAUAUAUAUAUAUAAAAAGAUAAGAAAAAAAUAUUAAAAAACUGCAGAGUAUUAUUUCUUAUAUAUAUAU